AAGACGACGCCCCACGUGUACAGCCCGUACCUUAUCCUUCUCUUCUACAGUAACAAACUAAAAUCCUUUAUCCCACCGUUAUCUUUAACGACAAUCCGUCUCCCUCCCUUGUCUCCCCACCGAUUCACUCCUUGCUUUGUCCUACCGUACCCAGAAUUUGCCACGUCGCCUUCUGCAUUAACUGUUAUGUCAUAUCUCCCACGAAAAAAACGGCUAGCGUUCGCCUACUCUUUUCUUUUAAUUAUCCCUUUUCUUUUUAAUUUCUGGACCACCACUAAAGUUAAGUCAUUGAUUUUUUCAUUUUUGAAUUGUUAUUACUAUAUUAUUAUAUAACUAUAGGGAAAAUAUUCUCUCUCUUGUUGAAAGCUUGAAAAAGCUGCAUAACUACCCCUCUCUUCGAUCUCUCUCUAUCUUAUUUUCUCCGUCUAAUUUCUCCUUUAGUCAUGGAGAAGCAGCACCGUCGAGAAUUGACGCUCUUGCACUCCGGUGACUUCCUCCGGCAGAAUUCUUGUGUGCCUGAUCGUACGCUUGAUGAUUCUAGCGAUCUUGUGAAGCCACACACCAAGGAAAUGGAUUUCUUUGCUACUAAUAAUCAAUUACAUGAUCAUCAUCAAGAGAGCAAGAUUAAUAAUGGAUCAUCUUCUUUGUUUGAUUCGGGUGUAAACACUGGAUUAAAUCUUCUCAGUUCAAGUCAGGGGGUUUCAAGAACAACUAAUGAAGAGAAACCCAAAGCUGAAAUAAAUGCUCUUAAAGUCAAGUUAGAAAGGUUGCACGAAGAGAAUCAGAGACUGAGUGGCCUGUUGGAUCAGAUUACCAAAAACUACAAUGAACUACAAGGUCAACUAUUCAUGGCGGUGCAAAAACAGGCGCUUGAAAAUCAAAGAGAACAGGAUGCCGUGAAUGGCAUGCCAAGUCUCAUAGUGUCAGUCCAACAAUUAAUGGACCCACGGCCAUCGGCAGCAUUAGAUGUCAGUGGACCUUCGGCAUCUGACGACAAGACCCAAGAAUUGUCAGCAUCCCCAGCAAACACUGUGGAAAUCGAGUCAAAGAAACGCGACCAUCAAAUGAUUCAAAUUCCAGGAAGGCACGCUUCUGUUGAAAAUGGUACUGAUCAGACGUCUCAAACCAGGGAGGGUUCGCCCAAAAUUCCAAAGGUAGAUCAGUCAAAGAGUGAAGAGCAAGUCUCUGAAGUUCCUUUCAGGAAGGCCAGAGUGUCGGUUCGAACGAGAUCAGAAGCUCCCUCGAUAAGCGAUGGAUGUCAAUGGAGGAAAUAUGGUCAAAAGAUGGCCAAGGGUAACCCUUGUCCACGCGCCUACUAUCGUUGCACCAUGGCUGUUGGCUGCCCAGUCCGUAAGCAGGUUCAAAGAUGUGCGGAGGAUAGAGGCAUUCUCAUAACAACAUAUGAAGGAAAUCAUAAUCACCCUCUUCCACCAGCAGCCACAGCUAUGGCUAACACUACGUCAGCUGCAGCAGCCAUGCUGCUAUCAGGUUCAACCACAAGCAAGGAUGGCCUACCAAGUUCUGGCUACUUCCCUUCCUUGCCAUAUGCUUCAACAAUGGCCACCCUAUCUGCCUCCGCCCCGUUUCCCACCAUAACCCUUGAUUUAAGUCAGGGCCCAAAUGCCGUUCCAUUCUUACGUCCCCCGCCUUCCACAGCUACAUUUCCGUUACCUUUGCACGGUUAUCCGCAGCUUUUAGGGCACCCUCUGUUCGCUCCUAACAAGCUAUCUGCAUUGCCGGUAAUGCAGUUAGGGCAACGUCCUGCUUCUAUGGUUGAAACUGUUACAGCAGCCCUUGCUUCGGAUCCAAAUUUCACCGCAGCCUUAGCUGCAGCUAUUUCGACAAUUAUGGCAGCAUCGCCAAGCAACAACGGUGGAAAUAACAAUUCCUCCAAUGGGGCGCCUCGUCUUCCAGGAUCACCACAGCUUCCACAGUCUUGCACCACUUUCUCCACUAACUAGCCAAGGGUGAUUAAAUUUUGGGUCUUGGCAUGCUCAGGAUAUUUAUCAUUUUCUUGCAUAAGCUUUUGCUAGGUAUUAUUACGCAGCCCGAGAGAAGGAGCCCAUCUGUUUUAUGAUCAUAUUAACCGGCAGUUCCAGGCUAUCCAAUAUGAUGAUCAGAUCAGCAGAAUAUACAGAGCAAGCUUUGACGUACCACCGCAGGGUUAUAUAUAGACAAAUUCCUAUCAACUCUUUUGAUCAACAACAGUAUAUUGAUUGGUUGGUGGGUUUGGGCUUGCAGUUGCAAUUUCGCGGUUCCGAAUGUCUAUAGCCAUAAGAAAAUAUUUCAGAACCCAAUAUUAAUCACGGUCUUUUCAAUCAAAAUAUGGCUAUACUUUUCACUGUAGAGAAUAUUAUAUGUUGUCACAUGCAGUAUAUAAGCAUAGCAAAUUUAAAGUAUUUCUUGUGUUGGA